GCUGCUAACCAGCACCAGCCAGAGUUCAACAAGUAACCCCCUUUUUGCAGCGAAUAUUGGCAGGAAACUACAGGCCUUUUAUCGCGAAUCUCGAGUUAACCUCUCGGGAGCACGAAUUCAGCAUGUCAGCCGUUGAGGAGCAGCACGAUACGCAGUCCUCGGCCCUUGCGACGGCCAGCCCCAUGCACCCUUCAGAACGAGCACUUCCCAAACAAUCACUAUUGAGUCAGGGGAUACUCUCUGCGGGAAACAAGCAAGCCAGUGACCGUGAUACUGGCUCAAGAACAGAGUCGUAUCCUCAAAGCCCUAGUGACACAGGCGAUGAGAAGCGACCAGGUAGCGAGGGUCAAUAUACGACAGACACGAAUUCAUCGGUUCAUAACAUGAUCCCUGCUUCACCUUCUGGCCGCUUGGAUCCUGUCCGCUCAUCUGCCUCGCCAAGUCGAGUUCGAUAUCCAUAUGCACACCCAUCAUCUCCGGGGCGCUCUAUGGAACCAAAAUCUCCCCGCCUUCGUUCACCUGCCUCGCAGAUCUUUGAACGUAAUGUUCAGGAAGACAUAAUGCCAGCUCAAACUUCUCCCGGGAUCCCUUCACAUAUUAUGACUGAGAACCAUAUACCGCCCAUCCUGGAAGCCUCUUCCGUUGCAAUUACGGACAAACGCCUCGAUCCGGAUUCCGUCGAGAUUAUUACACACAAUGCUCACCAGCCAGCAGCUCUAGCUGUCGCAGGAGCAUCUACUGCAGACCAAUCUCUUGCUUCCUCCUGGCAUGAAGAUGCAGGCCAACGUCCCGGUGAAGCCGCAGAUACCGCAUCCAUUUAUGGAGCACUCGACUCUAGCGAUGUUAAACGCCUGAGUUUCAUUUCCUUUGCCGACGUUGUCAAUGCUGAACAGGCUGAAAAUAAUGAGCAAUUUGGCAAUUCGGAUGCAUCGCGUAUCGUAGGGUUGAGCAAUGCAUCAGCUGCCCUGGCCGCCCAGAAUGGCUCUCCAUCCCCUGCACGUUCUCCCGUCUCCUCUCGUGGGUUCGGUACAUCGCCUCCAACUAGCUUAUCGCCGUCACUCAAAGGUCAGGAAACAUCACCUAACCGUGCAAGUCGCGGCAUUACGAGUCCUUUACCGAUUCCGCAUAGUCCGCAUAGUCCACUAUCCGGGAAUUUCGGGGGAGAGGUCAAUGUUGAGACAAUGCGACAAGCCUUGAGGAGAACCGGAAGCGGUGAUCUGAGCGGGAUCAGGAGUCGGGCUCUAAGUAUGGCGGAGAAUGACGAGGGAGGGUAUGAUCGUCCCAUCAAAUGAUACCCUUGGGGAAGAUCUACUUUAAACUACUUUCUCAGCACCAUGUGACUCUAUUGCCGACAGCUCUCUUCAUUCUGGUCGUAUAUCUUUGGAGGUGGUGUUGUGCUCUCGAUAUGUGCACA